AUGGAAGAUCUUUUGAUAGAGAAUGGUAUUCGGGCUGAAGACACUGACAGCGCGGAAUGUCGUUUGGCCACACACCCAUCCGGCCAUCUGCUGGCAUCCUGUAGCAGUGGGGAUGCCCUCGUCAAGUUUUGGGAUUGUGGACGCAUGCAGGUAACGGAACAAAAUGCAGCCUCCACAAAACUCAGUGAGGGUCUGCCUGAGGAUACAAUCGGCGGUGGUGGUAGUUCCGCCGACAAAUCUGUCUCGGCCAGUAGCCCGGAUUUGGCCAGUGGACACUUCCUGCCCGCCCGUUCAUUCUCCACCUAUGCCGUGCGAAAGCCGCAGAAUGUGUCGGACAAACCAACUUGCAGGGUGAGCCCCUCUUAA